CUGUCCUCAUGCAUCGCUCCAUCUUGUCAACAGCCUCCUGGUUUUCUCACAGGAUACCUUUCAAGUUUCAGUAAGUGUUCGCGUACCUUUUCUCCAGACAGUGAUGGUCCUAGGAGCAUCGGAAUCUUGCAACACCACGCCUCUAAGCCUUGUGCAUUACUGACGAUCGUGCAGUAACUGCAGUGCACCCCUCCCUCGUGUGAACAUCCUCAGACCGGGUCGAACAUUCAGCCAGACAUCCACAAUGUUCAAGGUCGGAGACGAUUUCGAAAAGGUCCAAGCCUCUCGCCCUGAGUUCAAGCGCGACGUGCCGGUCACUUUCUCGAAACCCCCUAAUCCCGACUGGAAGCAGGGAGAUGGCGCCAACGAUGGAGGUGAGAGCUUGAAGAAGAACCACUUGGAGAUUGACCCCUACGAGGAAGGGCGGCCGGUUGCUUCCAAUUAUAAACUUCUGAUCUCCGGCAUGGUCCCCAGACCCAUCGCGCUCAUCAGCACCAAGUCCAAGGAUGGAAAGACGACCAACUUGGCGCCAUUCAGUUACUCGCAGGUCAUCAACCAUGACCCCCCGCUCUUCACGGUGGGAUUUGUGGGAUCCCUUGACAAGGCCAAAGACACAUUGAAGAACCUGGCGGAGACGGAGGAAUGCGUGAUCAACAUCAUCUCAGAGCAUUUCGUCGAGGCCGCCAACGCGACGGCAAUCAAUACUCCAUAUGGCGUCUCUGAAUGGGAGGUCUCGGGGCUAACCCAAGCGCCCUGCUCCGUUGUCCAGGCGGCACGUGUGAAAGAGUCUAUUCUGGCGAUCGAAGGCAAGCUGGUGGAGACCAAGGAGUUCGAAAGCCGGUCGACACCGGGCAAGAAAUCAGGCGUGUUGGCAAUCAUCGAGGGUGUUCGCUUCUGGGUACGAGACGAUGCGAUCAACGAACAGAAGAGCAUUGUCGACCUGAAGGUCUUGAAGCCUAUCAGUCGGUUGGGGGGUAUUUCGUACGGGCGGACUACCGAUGCGAUCGAGAUCCCAAGGCCGCAGUUCUAGACCUGGCGCGUAUGGCGCAUCUUUAGACGCCGUGGUGGGGGAGGUUCUGUGCUGCCGCGGUUUUACACUAGAUUAAUUCA